UCCAUCAGCUGGUGCAGAUGGUCCCUGCUCACUACCGCGCGACCUGCGGGCCUUUCAGAGACAUAGGCAACAAGAAUCAUGGAAGUUCAGGUUUCUCCUGAGUCCUCUAAAGCCCCAAGGCCUUCACCAUGGACUUCCAGCACCGUCCAGGGGGCAAGACUGGGAGUGGGGGGGUGGCCUCCUCCUCCGAGAGCAACCGCGACCGCAGGGAGCGCCUCCGGCAGCUGGCCCUGGAGACCAUUGACAUAAACAAGGACCCGUAUUUUAUGAAAAACCACCUGGGUUCCUAUGAAUGCAAGCUCUGCCUGACACUUCACAACAAUGAGGGGAGCUACCUUGCCCAUACCCAGGGGAAAAAGCAUCAAACGAACCUGGCCCGGCGAGCAGCGAAGGAAGCCAAGGAGGCCCCAGCCCAGCCUGCACCAGAGAAGGUCAAGGUGGAGGUGAAGAAGUUUGUGAAGAUCGGCCGCCCCGGCUACAAAGUGACCAAGCAGAGGGACUCGGAGAUGGGCCAGCAGAGCCUCCUUUUCCAGAUCGACUACCCUGAGAUUGCAGAGGGCAUCAUGCCCCGCCACCGUUUCAUGUCUGCCUAUGAGCAGAGGAUCGAGCCCCCGGACCGGCGCUGGCAGUACCUGCUGAUGGCCGCUGAGCCCUACGAGACCAUCGCCUUCAAGGUGCCCAGCAGAGAGAUUGACAAGGCCGAAGGCAAGUUCUGGACUCACUGGAACAGGGAAACCAAGCAGUUUUUCCUCCAGUUCCACUUUAAGAUGGAGAAGCCCCCUGCUCCACCCAGCCUCCCUGCGGGGCCUCCCGGGGUGAAGCGGCCCCCACCCCCGCUGAUGAAUGGUCUGCCUCCUCGACCCCCACUACCAGAGUCCUUGCCCCCACCCCCGCCUGGAGGCCUGCCCCUGCCCCCCAUGCCCCCUACUGGGCCUGCCCCGUCAGGGCCCCCAGGACCUCCACAGCUGCCCCCGCCGGCUCCCGGUGUCCACCCCCCGGCACCAGUGGUCCAUCCCCCCACGUCUGGGGUCCACCCCCCAGCUCCGGGGGUCCACCCUCCAGCUCCGGGGGUCCACCCCCCAGCACCAGUGGUCCACCCACCAACAUCUGGGGUCCACCCCCCUGCUCCAGGGGUACACCCUCCAGCCCCUGGUGUCCACCCCCAGGCCCCAGGGGUGCACCCUCCAUCAGCUGGGGUCCAUCCCCAAGCCCCAGGGGUGCACCCCCCAACCACUGCAGUUCACCCCCAGGCCCCUGGGGUGCACCCACCAGCUCCUGCAGUUCACCCCCAGGCCCCUGUGGUCCACCCACCAGCCCCAGGGAUCCACCCUCAGGCACCAGGGGUCCACCCCCAGCCUCCUGGGGUCCAUCCUGCAGCUCCUGGGGUUCAUCCUGCAGCUCCUGGGGUCCAUCCUGCAGCUCCUGGGGUGCACCCCCAGCCUCCUGGAGUUCACCCCUCGAAUCCUGGGGUACACCCAACUCCCAUGCCGCCGAUGCUGAGACCCCCACUCCCGUCCGAUGGACCUGGGAACAUUCCUCCUCCUCCCCCAACCAACUGAAAAGCUGCCCCUCCCCCAGCAAGGCUGGUUUUGUAGUUGCGUGUUUUCCCAUGGAGAGUAAUUUCCUGCUUUUGUGCUGUCCCUGGAGCUCAUUAAACAGCCUCCCUGUGCCUGGA